GCUCUGCGUGGAUGGAGGGCAGGGUCACAGACAUCUUCUCUGGCCUCGGGCUCAAUAUUCAUUUUGUUCCCACUGUGAAAAGACCAGUCGUGGACCCAGCGGUCGUGGACUCGCUCUCUCAACUCGUAGCCCACCUGCAGGGCUGGACCGGCCCUGCUCUACUUCCUCUGCCGGACCUGAGAGGACCGGUGGUGGAUGUGUUUCUCCCGGGCCUCUGGGUGACGCUACACACGAUCUGCAUCAACACAUUCGUGCUGCACACUCUGCAGAGCUCAGGCAGACAGGUCCACCUGAGGGAGUUCACCAGGACGCUGGCCUCUCAGCUGAACACGGACAGCAGCAUCACUGUGCCUGUUUUACCUCAGCUCAACAGCAGCUCCCACCAAGAGACGAGCCUGAAGAAUGUGUCCAUGCAAAGGGUCAAGUCCUUCAGCUAUGGUGAUCUGAGGGACCAUGAGAGAAAGAGGUGGAACAUGCCUGGAGUGUGUGGUUUGGACAACUUUGGAAACUCCUGCUACUUGAAUGCUGUGCUGCAGUGUCUCUGCUCCACUGUGCCGCUCGUGGAGCACCUCCUCAACCAGGACAAUCGCAAAGAGCUGGCAAGGUCCAAGUGCCGGGUGGCCGAGGUGUUUGUGCGCCUGCUGGAAGAGAUGUGGCUGGGCCGGAGCUCCAGUUGUGCCCCGGUGGAGGCUCGAUCUGUGCUGUGCUCCAUCCUCCCCCAGUUCAACAACUACUCCCAGCAAGACGCCCAGGAACUGCUGCUCUUUCUCCUAAACGCACUCCAUGACAACCUGAAAAAAGUUGCAAAGCGCCACAUGCGACGGAUGAGAAAAGACCAGAGCAAAAACUGCACCACUGCAGCUGGAGACUCCACCAUCGUGUCACAUCUGUUCGAGGGUCAGCUAAGCUACACGACCCUCUGCACGCAAUGCAACUACCAGGCUCACAGCACACAGGCCUUCACCGUCCUGUCCUUAGCCAUUCCCACAGGCGUCCUCAAGUGCUCCAUUCAGGACUGCCUGUCACUGUUCUUCGAGCAGUCUGUCCUGAGCGGAGGAGAGAAGAUGCUGUGUUCCGUGUGUGGACUCAGGAGAGAAACAGCGGUGCUGACUUGUUUGGACAAACCUCCCGAGAUCCUGAUGCUCCACCUGAAACGGUUUGGAUGUAAAGGGAAGAACCAGGUGAAACUGAGGACGAAUGUAAUUUUCCCCACAAAGCUCGAUCUCACUCAGUUUCUGUCCAGCUCAGUUCAAAACACCUCAUACUCUUCAUACCGCCUGUACGCUGUCGUGAACCAUGCAGGUCACCUGAACAUGGGUCACUACACGGCCCUGUGCCACAACACCCUGACCCGGAGCUGGCACUGUUUUGAUGACUCGGCUGUCCGAGAGGUGCAGGAUGGGUUCGUGCAGUCUCCAAAUGCAUAUCUGCUGUUUUACAGUCGCAAGCCUUUCCACAAUCCAAAGAUCCAUGGACUCUAUCAGGCCAACACCCAGUAGAGGACUUUUAAACUCCCUGUACAUUAUUUUUUUAAUCACCCCCCCCCCCAUUCCAUUGUGAUCAAUGCAGACUUUAACCUCUUUUCAGUCUACUCCUCAUCAAUGAACCUCAAC